AUGGCGCUUGCGGUUCUCUUUCUGCGGCUGGCCGUCUGCAUCCUGGCAUUUCCUGUGUACCUACUGAACUUUCUGGGUAUAUGGAGCUGGAUAUGCAAAAAAUUCUUCCCCUACUUCAUGGCGAGGUUCACUGUGACGUACAAUGAACAGAUGGCGAGCAAGAAGCGGGAGCUUUUCAGCAACCUGCAGGAGUUUGCAGGCCCCUCCAGGAAGCUCUCCCUGCUGGAGGUGGGCUGUGGCACGGGGGCCAACUUCAAGUUCUACCCGCCUGGAUGCAGGGUGACCUGUGUUGACCCCAACCCCAACUUUGAGAAGUUCUUGAUCAAGAGCGUCGCAGAGAACCGACACCUGCAGUUCGAGCGUUUCGUGGUGGCUGCCGGUGAGAAUAUGCACCCAGUCGCCAGCGGCUCUGUGGAUGUGGUGGUCUGCACCCUGGUCUUGUGCUCGGUGGAGAGCCAAGAGCAGCUCCUCCGAGAGGUGUGCAGAGUGCUGAGGCCGGGAGGAGCUUUUUAUUUCAUGGAGCAUGUAGCAGCGAAGCCUUCAACCUGGAAUUACUUCUGGCAACAGGUCCUGAAUCCCGUCUGGUUCCUUCUGUUUGAUGGGUGCCACCUGACCAGAGAGAGCUGGAGGUCUCUGGAGCGGGCCAGCUUUUCGAAACUGAGGCUACAGCACGUUCAGGCCCCACUGUCCCUGGAGCUGGUGCGCCCCCACAUCUUUGGAUAUGCUGUGAAAUAG